AUGACGAAGUACAAGUGGCUGUACAACAACGAAGAGCAACUUGCAGCUCGUCACGUGCGGUUCGACAUUGAGGCUCUCCUCGACUUAGCCGUGCGCGCGGCCAAUGCUAAGCGAUGCACCUCUGUAGAGAAGGUGUACGAUGGUACGCUGAAUCGCGUAAUUGGCCUCAAGUUCGACAAUGAUGUCGAGUACAUCGUCAAGAUACCCUUCCCGGUCACUGGGCCGAAGCAUCUAUGCACGGCGAGCGAGGUUGCGACACUGGACUACCUCCGAACUGAGCUCGAUGCUCCUGUCCCACGCGUAGUGUCGUGGUCGUCUCAUGCCGAGUCUUCGCCACUGGGCACAGAGUACAUCAUGUACGAGAAGAUACGCGGGCUGCCUCUAUCCGAGUUCGACAAGACGGAUCUGCCUGUGCAGGACGAUCCCUACGUUCUCAUCUUGCCCACGAUCGUGGCGGUUGAGGCCAAACUGACGGUGCGAGCCUUUUCCCAGAUUGGGAGUCUCUACUACAAGGAUGAUGUGCCCGAACACCUGCGUCGUGAUCUGCCUCUGCAUACUGCCAGGGAGCACCGUUCAGUAAACUCCGAGCGCUUCUGUGUGGGCCCUACCGUCGAGCAUGAAUUCUAUCGCGCCGGGCGGUCCCGUUUGGACAUCGACAGGGGACCCUGGCUUGAUAACCGCGAGUACAUGGUUGCUCUGGGCGAGUGCGCACGUGCGGCCAUUGGCGCUGGUCUUGAGGCGGAUCCCGACGGCGCCUACAGUGACCUUGUCUCGAAGUACAUGCAGCUCCUUCCCUUCAUUGCACCACCGCGAACUACCGUCAGCCUUUGGCACCCGGAUCUCCAUGCGGGCAACAUCAUCAUCGAAGAGGACGUGGAAACGCCGUCUGUAAAUGGCAUCAUCGACUGGCAGGGCGCGGUCGUUGCGCCGUACUACCAGCAGUACCAAGUUCCCGCGGCUUACAGCUACGAGGAAGACACGGACCUUGUUCUGUACGUUCCAGGCCGUGCUCCCGUUGUCACUCAGGGGCACGAGGAUCGAUCACCCGAGGAGAACGACCGUGCAGCUCGCUAUCUCCGCCACGCAUGGCGCGCUUACAUGCACCGGGCGUUCAUGGAAAUGGCCGACGAGCGCCUCGCCAAGGACCUCUACGAAGAAGACGGGAGCGCAAGCUUCCUGCGCCUAGCCACACUUCCCACGGGCACCAUCGCCCGGGGCGCGCGCAGCUUGCCUCAUAUUCGCCGCAGCCUCCGGCUUGUGCGCGAUCUGUGGGGCCCGCUCGUCGGCAUCGACGACGACGACAAGCCCUUGAAGCCCUUCCCCUUCGCCCUCCCUGAUGCAGACGAGCAAGAAAUCGACGAGGCGAUCGAGCAGUUCCCCCAGGCGAUGGCGCAUUACCGCGACUUUCUGGCUCGGUUCGACAUGAAGCCGGAAGCGGAGGGUCUCGUGAGGGCGGAGAAGUACGAGGAGGCCAAGGAAGCGGCCGGCGCUGCGCUUCAGGCUGCGCUCGACAGUGCGUCUUCCCCGGAGGAGAGAGAGCGGAUUGCGAAGGCGUGGCCGUUGCAGGAUGGGAAACACUCCUAUGGUGCGGAGCGCUGCUGGUAG